AUGCUUUGCCCAAUCCAGGAGGCUACGAUCUUGGUAGCGAAUAAUGGCAAGGGAAACCUUUGUAGCAUGCAAGAUGCGAAAAAGGAGAUCAUAUGUUUCUUGCAAUUUGAUUCAAGCGAAAAGUUGCAGGAGAUGUUGAAGGCGCAAGAAAAAUACGGUGAUUUAUUUAAGCAUGAAUAUAGAAACGAGGAUCCAAUAACCACGCCCUCUGAUUUCGAGAAUAACUUGCGUAAUGUUCAAUAUCAUUUUAAGAGCCCAAUUCCAACAUGCUAUUCUAAUUUUAUGAUUUACCGCACAUAUCGUUACCUUUAUCUCGUUGCGGAGGUUCCGGACUGUCAUGGCGAUGGAUUCCGUCUACUGAAAAUCGAACUCUGCGAACCUGGAACUCUGAGCGAGCCCCUCUCCGAUAUCAUCUUCGAUGACGAGCGAACCUACUCUAAGAACGAGAUUCAGAUUCUCCUCCGCACGCUGCACGAUGGAAACAAAUCCAUGGGUGGUCUCACGCUUGUGACCUCCGCCAAAGCCAUUCUGGGCUUUAUUCGUUUUGUUCGUUGUUAUUAUCUGGUGGUUGUCACCGAAACCAAGCCCGAAGGCAUCAUCAUGGGUCACGUGAUCUACUCCAUCACCAACUCCGAAGUCAUUCCGCUCAAGAUCGAGCCCUCCUCCAAAAACAAGCUCAAAUCCCUCCUCUCUCUCAAGAGCGAGGAAGACGUUUCCUUUCCGCGGGGAUUUCAGGAAUAG